AGAGCUGGAGAAGGUGGGCGAGGUAAGAGCUGGGGUUGGCACUGAUUGUUCCUGUGGAAUCCUUUGAUUGCACAGUGCUCUCUCUCCCAAUCCUGUCAGGGAUAGAGCUUUCUGAGCAGGUGCUGGCCUGUGCCACCUUGGGUGUAUGAGUGUCUCUGUGUCACCUGUAUCCCUGCUACAGCAGGCCUGAUCAUCUACUCCUGAUGGAACCCCCUCAAGUGGGGCCCUUUCCUGUCAGCUAACUGCUGGCAAACUGAGAGGCUCCAGGUCAGGCCCCCAUCCCUCCAACCCCUUCUUGCUCUCCUCUCUCUGGGGUCAGCUUUAAUUCAGCUCCUCCCAGACCUCUCAGUUCCAGCCCCACCCAUCGCAGAGGACAGCAGCAGGAAAGAUGACCCAGAGCACAGUGACUGUGAAUGGAGUCAAAGUGGCCUCCACACAUCCCCAGUCCACUCACAUCAGCAUCCACAUCCACCAAAAAUCUGCUUUGGAGCAGCUGCUGGGAGCUGUGGGCUCCCUGAGGAAGUUUCUCUCCUGGCCUCAGGCCAGAAUCCACUAUGGGCAGCUGUCUCUAGGGGUGACCCAGAUAUUGCUGGGGCUUGUGAGCUGUGCUCUUGGAGUAUGCCUCUACUUCGGGCCUUGGACUGAGCUGUGUGCCUUUGGCUGUGCUUUCUGGUCGGGGUCUGUGGCAAUUGUAGCUGGAGUUGGUACUAUUGUCCACGAGAAGAGGCAGGGGAAACUGUCCGGCCAGGUAUCAUGUCUCCUCCUCCUGGCCUGCAUUGCCACAGCUGCAGCUGCUACCGUUCUGGGUGUGAACAGCUUAAUCAGGCAAACCAGUGUUCUCUACUACGAUGAGAUCUUUUCCACAUGCAACUCCUUGCAAUCAAGCAUGGACCCUGGGUAUGGACCCUGGACAGUGCGAUACAGUGAUGACUCAGACUGGAAGACAGAGAGGUGCAGAGAGUACCUGAACAUGAUGAUGAACUUGUUCCUAGCGUUCUGCAUCAUGCUCACGGUGGUCUGUAUCCUGGAGAUUGUUGUGUCUGUGGCUUCCCUGGGACUAAGUCUCCGAAGAAUGUUUGGCCGGAACUCCCAGGCCCUGAAUGAAGAAGAGACAGAGAAGAAACUUCUCGGUGGGGAUCCAGCACCUGCGUCCCCGGCCAAAGAAAAGAUCCCUGCUAUCCUGUGAUCCGCCCAAACCCACAUGUGUCCCUGUCCAGAGUAAUCCAGGGACAACGCAACUGUUCCCAGGGCUUCUUCUGGCCCCGCAGCACACACCUACUUCUGAUGUACCCACUAUUCAGCCCUCUUUCUCUUCCUCUCUCCCCACUGACCUCACGCCAAUGUCCUUUCUUCCAUGAACAGAUAUUAUGUCAUUUUCUCCAAUGCCGAUAAAGCAGAAACAACCAGAAAAUAAUACCCUC